CUUAUUAUUCACUAGCUUACAGAAAGCUGCCCUCCUCUGUUUUUGUGGUGCUUCUUCGUCUGCUUCUGCUUCUUCUUCUUCUUCCUCUUCUUUGAUAUUUACCGGUGCAGUUUUCUUUUUUUUUUUGUUGCUGCUUGGACAUUAGUUUUUCGUUUUCUUGGAGAUUGAAGAAGCUGUUUCUCCAUGAAGAUGCCAGUGGCAUUGCUGUUGCUGCUGGCACUAAGCAAUGCUAUUGUAAUUUAUGGAGAAGAGAGCAGUGGACAGUGUGAUAAUAAGCCUAGUUUAGAUCCAAGACCACACAGUGUUUCCAUUUUGGAGUUUGGUGCUGUUGGAGAUGGGAAAACAUUGAAUACUAUUUCUUUUCAGAAUGCCAUUUUCUAUCUGAAGUCUUUUGCUGACAAGGGUGGUGCUAAGCUUUAUGUACCACCCGGAAGAUGGCUGACUGGAAGUUUCAAUCUUACCAGCCAUCUCACACUCUUUCUGGAAAAAGGUGCUGUCAUUCUUGGAUCUCAGGAUCCAUCACAUUACGAUCUUAUAGAGCCCCUACCCUCGUAUGGUAGAGGCAUUGAGCUUCCUGGAGGUAGAUAUCGAAGUCUAAUAAAUGGCUAUAAGUUACGUGAUGUGGUGAUAACCGGUGAUAAUGGAACCAUUGACGGACAGGGUUCAGUUUGGUGGGAUUGGUUCAAUUCCCAUUCUUUGAACUAUAGCAGGCCUCAUCUCGUGGAAUUUAUAGAAUCUGAGCGUAUAGUAGUUUCAAAUCUUACCUUCUUGAAUGCUCCUGCAUAUAACAUCCACCCAGUAUAUUGCAGUAAUGUGCUUGUUCAAAAUAUGUCGCUCUCUGCUCCUCCAGAAUCACCCCAGACCAUUGGCAUAGUCCCAGAUUCUUCCAAUAAUGUGUGCAUAGAGGAGAGCAUUAUAAAGAUGGGUUACGAUGCUAUUUCCCUCAAGAGUGGCUGGGACGAGUAUGGCAUUGCCUACGAUAGAGCUACCAGAGACGUACACAUAAGAAGGGUCCACCUUCAAUCAUCUUCAGGCUCUUCUAUUGCCUUUGGUAGUGAGAUGUCUGGUGGCAUUUCAAAUGUGCAUGUGGAGCAGGUCCACCUUUACAACUCAUUUAGUGGGAUUGGAUUUAGAACAACCAAAGGUAGAGGAGGUUAUAUUAAAAGAAUCUUCAUAUCAGAUGUUGAAUUGGAAAACAUCAACUUGGCAUUAGGUGCUAUUGGUGAUCAUGGGUUACAUCCGGAUGAUAAAUUUGAUCCUAAAGCUGUCCCAGUUGUUGAUCAAAUCACCUUGCAAAACUUGACUGGUACAAACAUCAGUACUGCAGGAAACUUCACGGGAAUUCAAGAUUCCCCUUUCACCUCUCUAUGUCUCUUCAACAUUACCUUAAUGGUUUCUUCCUCAAAUUCUUGGACUUGCUCAAACGUUAUCGGGUAUUCAGAUUCUGUUUUUCCUGUACCGUGCCCUGAACUUAAAAGCCCGUAUUCAAAUUCUUCCUCUGCUUGCUACUCUCUCCUCCUCCUGAAUUCUUAUGGUAAAUCUGCAAGCUUAUGAUACACUUCCUUCACAAGUAAAAUCACAUGGGGUAAAGAAAAUGAAAUCAUCUACAGUUUACUGUCUCUAAAGUAGGUCAGAUUCUUUCCAAUAAGACACAUGUCUAGAGUAUUUGUUCUUUGGUUCCUUGGUUUGCAGUUUCGCAUGUUGAAAUCUUCAGAUUAUUUGUACAGCUUCAUUUCUUCAUUCAUGUGUAAGAAAAUUUUUGGUAGUGAUUUGCAAGGAAAGAAGUUAAAAAACCACAAUGGCUCAGAUUAGCUUUACUGUUCACAUUUCAAUUUCUUGUUUGUUCUCUUGUUUAUAAUAAAGUCUGGUGCUGUACAGUUCCUUUAUGAAAUCUCUCUUAUGAGAUGUUAAAUGUUAUAAUCAGAAUUUGAUCAA